UUAUAAACAAACGGGAGGAAAUAAUAGGGUUGAAAAUUGGAACAAUAGCAGAUUUGACUCAUCUGAAGUCGAUAACACUGAAUCCAUGACUGCAUCUCAUAGUGAUUUUUCAUCAAGUUUUGCGGGACCAUCUAAUUCAAGUUCUUUUGCGGAGUCAUCCUCGCCACGUCAACAAAAGCCCCGUAAAAGGGGAAGAAAGUAUGGAAGUAAAUAUGAUGUAUUGUAA